GGGCGUCCCACCCAGGCCAGGCCAGAGGGCAGGCCUUGCACAUCUGACUGCCCGCCGGGGCCUGGCGUGGCACUUAGCUGUUUCACUCGCUCACGGAACAAGUGCUGUGUGCGGCGCCCCCCGCUGGGACUUGCAGGGGAGAGGGAGACAGAGGAAUCCCAGGGUGCAAGUUAUCCGCGGGGACGUGCAAGGUCCCUAACCUACGAUAACGCGGGACGGAAUAUAGUAACAGGCAAAGCCUCGGGGGUCAGAAGAGUCUGAGGACGCUCCAGACCGGGAACGCCUGGAGUCCUUCUUGGAGGGGACAAGAAGGCGGGGCAGGGAUUCAAGAGGCGGAAGUGGAGAAGGAUCUGGGCGAGGGAGAGCUGGGCCGGCAGCAGCGGGGUAGGAGGCAGGGGAGCCGUUGCUGGUGUGUUAGCUGCACAGGUUUGAAUCGAAGCAGAAGGGAGUUGGAGGCCUUCGGGGAAGCAUUUGGGCCCUUGGGGAAACAUGAAGAGAUGUGCUUUGGGAAGGUGACUUUAGAACAAAGCUAUACAAUGCUCGGACUGAGGUCUGCGGGGCAUGGGAGGGGGGCCCGUGUGGGUGUAGAGGAUGUUGGACUCAACCAGACCGACAGAGCGCGACGCCCAAGGAGAAGGCCUUUGUUCAGUGCCACCUUCCUGUCCCCGCUGGUAUGUCACCUCCCUGGGGUGACUCAGCAUCUCAAACUCUCAUCCUUAGCAUCUCUCACUCAAUAGUUUUUGAAUGAAUGACAGGGCGCCCGUAAUGGCCACGGCACCUUCUUUACUACCUCUGCACCCCUCCCUGCGUUCCCUCCUUCUCUCUCCGGUGCCCUCCUCCCUGCUCCCCACAAACCCAGCAACUGGGACAGAUUCCUCUGGCUUUGGAAAGAGGGCUGCUUGUGUUUGCCUCAUCACCGCCAACUCCAGCCGCUACACACUCAGAUGUCUCUCCUGGUGGUUACCUUGCUUCCGGAAAAAAGAAAAGGAAAAUUUAAAAGGGCGGUUUGUUCUCUGUUUGUGACUAUGAGAUUAGACAGAAGACGGACCACAGGAAAAUUAUCAGUUAGUUGAGCGUCAGAGGAGAAAAGAGAACGCAGAAGUCAAUUCUAGAAGGGAACGUCUAAUGAGCCCAUCGGUCGGGAGGUACCUGAACCCGGAGACAGCGUGGAGCGCGCUGACGAUCCCCCCGCGGUUACAGGAAAGCUGGACUUGGAUCGGAGCUGGGGCCCCGUCUCCUCGGCCGGUGUCUCCACGUCUGGUGCCCCCAGGCCUCCGGUCGGGCGCUGACUCUCCCGGGUGCCUGGUCGGUGACGCUGAUGGAGCCCGCGGCCGCCCCCAGCUGCCGCGCGCGGGGCUCGCUCCUCUUCUUGGCGCUCCUCUGCGGGUGUGCCCUGCUCUCAGCCCAGUUUACUGUCAUGGGUCCAGCUGACCCAGUCCUGGCCAUGGUGGGAGAAGACACCACGUUUCACUGCCACCUGUCCCCCGAGAAGAACGCUGAGGACAUGGAAGUGCGGUGGUUCCGGACUCACUUCUCGCGGGCAGUGCUCGUGUACAAGGGUGGACGAGAGAGAAGGGAGGAACAGCUGGAGGAGUUCCGAGGAAGGACGACCUUUGUGAGCGACGGCAUCAAACAGGGGAGCGUGGCACUCGUCAUACACAACGUCACAGCACACGAGAAUGGCAUCUACCACUGUUACUUCCAAGAAGGCAGGUCCUACGAUGAGGCCAUCAUGCGGCUGGUGGUUGCAGGCCUGGGCUCCAAGCCCCUCAUUGAAAUGAAGGGCCCUGAGGACGGGGGCAUCCGGCUGGAGUGCACAUCCGUAGGGUGGUACCCAGAGCCCCACGCGGUGUGGAGGGACCCUUACGGUGAGAUCAUGCCCGCCCUGGAGGAGGCUUACACUGUGGACGCCGACGGCCUCUUCACGGUCACCGUGGCCGUGAUCAUCAGGGACGGCUCUGUGAGGAACGCGUCCUGCUCCGUCAACAACACCCUGCUUGGCCAGGAGAAGGAAACUGUGAUUUUCAUUCCAGACUCCCCCGGAUGGCGGGCCUCGCUGCCCUCCCGCCUUCUCUGCUGCUCCUCGUCACUGGAGUCCUCUGUCUCGCCAGGAAGGUCCACCGGGAAAAAGAGGUUGAGAACGAAGAGAGAGAAACUGCAUGUCAGGAACUGGAGAAAGAAGAUGUGGAAAAAGAGAAAGAACGUGAGAUCAGAGAGCAACUUCAAGAAGAACUGCGUAAGUGUGGCAUUUCCUGACGUGUCCCGUGCCGUCGUCGGUGCUCUGCUCCGUUUGUUCCCCCUCCCGGAGCUCACCUCUGCCUGUCCCUCUGUUGCAGGAUGGAGAAGAACCCUGCUACAUGCCGCUGACGUGGUCCUAGACCCAGACACGGCACAUCCUGAGCUGUUCCUGACAGAGGACCGGAGAGGCGUGAGGCGAGGCCCCUCCAGGCAGAGUGUGCCUGACAACCCCGAGAGGUUCGACUGCCGGCCCUGUGUCCUGGGCCUGGAGAGCUUCUCCUCAGGGAGGCACUACUGGGAGGUGGAGGUCGAAAACGUGAUGGUGUGGGCUCUGGGGCUUUGUAGAGACAAUGUCGAGAGGAAAGGAGAGGCCUUACUAGUUCCUCGGAAUGGCUUCUGGACCCUGGAGAUGUUUGGAAACCAAUACCGGGUCCUGUCUUCCCCCGAGAAGAUCCUCCCCCUGAAAGAGCGCCUUCGCCGCGUGGGCAUCUUUCUGGACUACGAAGCUGGAGAUAUCUCCUUCUAUAACAUGAGGGACCGGUCACACAUCUACACGUGUCCCCGCUCACCCUUCUCUGGGCCCUUGAGACCCUUCUUCAGGCUGGGGUCUGAUGACAGCCCCCUCUUCAUCUGCCCACCCUUCACAGGGGCCCGGGGGGUCGCGGUGCCCGAGGGCGGCCUGAUCCUUCACAGGACGGGGACCCAGCGCAGCCACCAGGGUCAGUUCUCUGGUCUCAGAGCCAAGUAGAGGCCCCCAGCAGGCAGGAAACGGGUCAUGUGAAGAACCUUCUCCAGAGGCCGCCUGGACACCCUCUUCAGGCCCAGCCCUGCCUGGCCCUCAUUAGGCUGUUGCUUUCCCAAUUCAUUUGCUGGUGACCACGGGGGCACGGGCCGGUCUCAGAGCCGUGCUGCCACACGGCUCCCAACCUGAAGAAAGCGGGAGACAGUGACGGGUUUUAACAUCAGCGUGACACAGUCAGCCUGAUGCCCGGGCACCAGGCUCUGUGGACUCGGGGUGAGGGACACAGGACCCACUGUAAGGGGAGGGAAACCAUAACAGGAGGUCAGGGACAGGGAAGCCAAGCCUGGGGGGUGGGAGGGGACAAGGGCCUGGGUGCUGUCCAGCCUCAGUUACAGCUAUGGGGGCUGGAGAGCUGGUGGUCCCAUUUCUAUCCCUCCUCCCCACCCCCCACCCGGAGAUUUCCAGAUUGCACUCCUAACCUAGAACUGAGCUGAAGAAAGAUGAAAAAUGAAGACUCAUGUUGGCCUGGCUCGGGUGUCCCCUCAAUAAACUGGGAGUCACUGGGGCGCCUGGGUGGCGCAGUCGGUUAAGCGUCCGACUUCAGCCAGGUCAUGAUCUCGCGGUCCGGGAGUUCGAGCCCCGCGUCAGGCUCUGGGCUGAUGGCUCAGAGCCUGGAGCCU